AUGCAUGAGGAGAAGGUUGUAGAUAUAGUGAUUGGCACAAAACACGAAAGGGCUGCAUAUAGGCCCAACUGUUUGGAUGCAGCUGUACCCUGCAACACUCAAACAUGCUCUUCCAAUAACACAAACCCGUGUCCUCCGUUCUCCUCUCACCCUCCUUUCCCUUUCUCCUCCACACCAGGCUGUGGCCACCCCUCCUUCCACAUAACCUGUUCCAGCCCCCAUUCUUUCAUCUCCAUCAACAACCUCUCCUUCUCCAUACUCUCCUACAACUUCAACACCUCCUCCAUAACCCUCUCCCCUCGCCCUAACCCAACGCCUCACCCCAACUGUCCCUCCUUCUCCUUCAUUCCUACCCGCCCCAUCAACCUCUCCGCCACCCCCUUUCGUGUCUCAGCCGCCACGUGCUCCCGCCUCUCCUUCCUCCGCCCCUGCUCGCCGCCUUCCCUCCCCAACUGCUCCCACUGCCCCUCCCAGUGCCACCUCAUCAAAUCUCCCUCCCACCUUCUCCCUAACUGCAGAUCCACCCACCACUCCCCUCAGUACUCAGACUCCCCCUGCCUCACCGACAUCCUCGGCUUCCUCCAACAGUUCCUCAAGAACGGAAUCCAACUCGACUCGGACCAGAGCCGUGACCCCUACUUCACUAAUUGCACCAUCUGUCGCGCCAACUCCUCCUCCGCCGCCACGCAGCAAGACCCCACCACGCUCUUCCUCCGCCUCCACCGCUCUGCCAGUCUACUGCCCCCGGUCUUCUCCUACGACGACCUCGCUGCUGCUACCCACAACUUCGACCCCAAGCGGAAAAUCGGCGACGGCGGGUUUGGGUCUGUCUACCUCGCGCAGCUCCGCGACGGCUGUUCUGGUUGUUGCUGCCGCUGGUUUUGCUCCUGCAGAGAGAAAUGGAGGAGCUGCGCGCGUGAGGAAGAAAGGGGCUGCAGUUUUGAGCCCUAA